GUGGAAAAAAAGCAACGAAGUCAAUCAGUCAAUCCCUCUUUGCUUUGCUUCUUUAUCGAAAUCAAACAAUUAUUUAACCCUGCUCUUUCAGAUUCAUAACACCAUUAAGUGUAGAUAUCAUUGAGAAACAAGUUUUCGUAACUUAGAACAGCGAUGGAUGGAAAAACCACGAAAAUGCCCAAAGUGGCAAAGGUAAAAAAUAAAGCACCUGCAGAGAUACAAAUUACAGCUGAACAGCUUCUCAGAGAAGCUAAAGAGAGAGACUUGGAAAUUUUGCCACCACCACCAAAACAAAAAAUCUCUGAUCCAGAGGAGUUGAGAGACUAUCAGCACCGAAAGAGAAAGGCAUUUGAAGACAACAUUCGUAAAAACAGACUUGUUAUUGGAAACUGGCUCAAAUAUGCUCAGUGGGAAGAGUCGCAGAAACAGGUUCAAAGGGCCAGAUCUAUUUAUGAGCGAGCACUUGAUGUGGACCACAGAAAUGUUACCUUAUGGUUAAAGUACACUGAAAUGGAGAUGAGGAACAGGCAAGUGAAUCAUGCUCGUAACUUGUGGGAUAGGGCAGUUACCAUACUGCCAAGAGUUUCACAGUUCUGGUAUAAGUACACCUACAUGGAAGAGAUGUUGGAAAAUGUUGCUGGGGCCAGACAGGUUUUUGAAAGGUGGAUGGAAUGGCAACCAGAUGAACAAGCGUGGCAAACAUACAUCAACUUUGAAUUAAGGUACAAAGAACUUGAUAGGGCUCGACAAAUUUAUGAAAGAUUUGUUAUGGUACACCCUGAUGUCAAGAACUGGAUAAAGUAUGCAAAGUUUGAAGAAAAUCAUGGAUUCAUAAAUGGUUCAAGAAAAGUGUUUGAGAGAUCUGUUGAGUUCUUUGGUGAUGAAGAUCUUGAUGAGAGAUUGUUUAUUGCCUUUGCAAAAUUUGAAGAAAAUCAAAAAGAACAUGACAGAGCCAGAGUUAUUUACAAAUAUGCAUUGGAUCACAUUCCCAAAGAUAGGAACAAAGAAUUGUACAAAGCCUAUACUAUACAUGAGAAGAAGUAUGGUGACCGAUCGGGCAUUGAAGAUGUCAUUGUGAACAAAAGAAAGUACAUGUAUGAGCAGGAAGUAAUAGAGAACCCUACCAACUAUGAUGCAUGGUUCGAUUACAUAAGGCUUGUUGAAAAUGAAGGGAAUGUAGAUGACAUUAGAGACACAUAUGAGAGAGCCAUAGCUAAUGUACCUCCUUCUAAAGACAAGCAGUUCUGGCGACGCUACAUUUAUUUAUGGAUUAAUUAUGCAUUAUAUGAAGAAUUAGAAGCAGAAGAUGCUGAGAGAACAAGACAAGUUUACAGAACAUGUUUGGAAUUAUUACCACAUAAAAUAUUUACAUUCUCCAAAAUCUGGUUGAUGUAUGCCCAGUUUGAAGUCAGAUGUAAAGACUUAAAACAAGCAAGAAAAACUUUGGGAAUGGCUCUUGGUAUAUGUCCGAGGGACAAAUUGUACAGGGGUUACAUUGACUUGGAAAUACAAUUAAGGGAAUUUGACAGGUGCAGAAUACUGUACCAGAAGUUCUUGGAAUAUGGCCCAGAAAACUGUAUCACAUGGAUAAAGUUUGCAGAGUUGGAAACAUUACUGGGUGACAUAGACAGGGCAAGAGCCAUUUAUGAAAUUGCAGUUGGACAACCCAGAUUAGAUAUGCCUGAAUUGUUAUGGAAAAGCUAUAUAGAUUUUGAAGUGCAGCAGGGAGAAACAGAGAAGGCUAGACAGCUGUAUGAAAGAUUGUUAGAAAGAACAGUACAUGUAAAAGUGUGGCUGUCUUAUGCAAAGUUUGAACUGAAUGCUGAAAAUGCUGAUAAUUUUAAUGUAGAAUUAGCUAGGCGUGUCUAUGAGCGCGCUAAUGACAGCCUUCGUAGUGUUGGCGAAAAGGAAGCAAGAGUACUUCUUUUAGAAGCUUGGAAAGAUUUUGAAACUGAAAUAGGUGAUGAAGAAAAACUUGAAAAGGUUAUGGCCAAAAUGCCCAGAAGAGUCAAAAAGAGACAAAAGAUCAUUAGUGAAAGUGGAGUUGAAGAAGGUUGGGAGGAAGUAUUUGAUUACAUAUUUCCAGAAGAUGAAAUGGUUAGACCUAAUCUUAAACUUCUUGCUGCUGCCAAACAAUGGCGCAAACAGAAAGAAGUUGCUCAACCUGCAGAACCAGAAACACAAAAUGAAGAUCAGGAUGAUGAAGGACACACACCGCCACAAAGAAAUGACGAUGAAGUUGAAAAUGAAAACAACUAAUUUCUUAAAUAAAAUUCACUAUUUUAA